AUGGAUGUAGACACGAUAGACAGUCCUAGUAGCAUGGAAGAGACGAUGUGCUUGGACGAAAUGAAGGAUUCGGACACCAAGACAAAAGGACAUGUCUACAUCAAGUCAGAAUGCGGACUUUGCGAUCAAAUUAUUCACGCCGACGAGUGGACUGUAGCCUGUGAGAAUGGAAAACCACUCCAUAUCCUUGCCCAGUUCUAUGUCAUGGACCCUAUAUGGGUCGCUUCAGCAUGGAAGUUCCCAUGGCGACACCGAACUACCCAGCGCAAGCCUCGACUCGAUCUCACUGACACGACGCUGGUGUCAAUAGGACCCCCAGUUGCUGAGGUCAUUGGCAUCCCGGGUCUGGCUUCUUUGCCACAAGAAGUGCUUCAAAUGGUCAGGGCUUAUACCCCUGGUAAUCUCCUCUGGCGAUAUUCUCUCAUCCAAAAGACUGCUGUGGAGAUGUCACGGCCCUUCCAAAACCCCCUCGAGCCUGAAGAAGAUGCUAUUCAUUUCUCUCUGGCAGUAGUGAAAUCUUGGAAACGUGGAGUUCAAGGGGUGGAUACUACUUGUGAUGAGAGUGAAUCAGAGUCAUUCAUCAUCAGACUUACUGUUGACUGUCUUGACUUGAAGGAGAUCCGUAGAUUGCAAGAUUGGCCAGAGUAUAACCAUAUUCGGUCUAACACUUGCGCAUAUGUUUUCUUCACGCACGGACAAGCAAAUAGCUCUUUAAUUUCAUCCAAGUUUGGGCGAGCAUUUAUCGAGAAUCCUAAUGACUCUCGAGAGUUCCAAUUCUGGGACACACCUACCCCUCCCUUGAGAGGGUUGAAAAUGUUUCCGCGACCGGAUCGUCCAGGUUCCAUUCGAUACCGCACUGUCAAUCUCCUCAAUAUCACGGGACUUACCUUCUUCUUUCUGAGAGGCUUCAUAAUGGCAGUUCACUCCCACACAGCGAACGCACCAGUCGCAGCACCAACUGUGCAACAUUUCUCUCCCCUCCUUCGGAUCGGCGUGGGAGACACCUGGCAAAGACUUGUAGAGAUAUGCACCAAACUCACAGGGACCUUUUUCUUUGGCCCUUAUAAAUGCUAUACCGACACUGACCUUGUAUCGGGCAAUGAGCCAUCUGUGCUCGUCUACAACGUACCGACUAAGCGAGUAGGCGGUUCACUCGGUACAGUUACUGAGCAUAACUUUGAGAGUGGACCCUUAUUAUCGUUUCCUCGUUAUCACAAAGACGAGAGGGAUCCCUCCGGUCUGCGCUGUAUCAAUACUGAAGCUCCGGCGAAAAACAUCACUCAUGCUGAUGUCUGUUACGACAGCAGCAAUGGACACUGUAAAGGAUUGCUCCUGGAGUAUGCAAACGGUGCGCAGCAGGCAAUAGGGCCAUGCCGAAUUGGUAUUGACCCUUUCAAUGCUUACGAAAAACCAUCCUGGAUCUGCUACCGGGAUAUAUAUGAUCCAGAAACAUGCGAUGAAACCGGAAGUUGUAUAGUUGAGUGCACCACUGGCACGAGUAGCCACGAGCAUGAACCUUGCGACAUUGGUGAUUGGGUGUGUAUGCGUCCAAGAGGAGGGGGAUAUCUUGAGUUCACGUGCGAUCACAAGAGAGCCAACUUUGUAUGUGGCCUCUGCUGUCAGACCAUUGCCCCAGACGAAUGGGCUAUAGCAUUGCUAAACUACGGUCGGAACAAGUAUGAAGCUCGGCCUGACUACUGCACAAAGAGAUUCCGGUUCCCUCAAACGCCCGGAGUCAUCACAGAGACUGACUGGUACCCCUUAUGUAACAGCGUGGAGUGUCGAGACUGCAGGUGGUCGCCUGAGUCUGUGACAAUGCAUGCGAAUUGCUAUUGUUUGUUCCUACAGACGUACCGCGAGAAGCCAGUAUUAGAACGUCUUUGGGUUGCAGCAGUCUGGAGGAAUCCGUGGAUUGUGUCUUCUUUAAAACCAAGAACACAACUUGAUAUUAUCGACAACGGACUGGUAUCAAUUAGUCUUUCCAGUGCAGAAGCCUUGGGCAUGCCGCUGCUAACAAGUUUACCAUCCGAGGUUCUUCAGCUCAUUAGAGCUUAUUCACGCGAGAAUGUUGUCUGGACCUAUCCGGCUAUCAAAGCCAAAGCAGAGGAAAUGUCAAGUACAAUCUCAGUAUUGCAAAAAAAAUGGCAUCGAGGGCAAGAUGCAGAGCUCGAAGAGAAUCCACCCGAGUCUGUUGUGUUCCGGUUCACCCUCGAUUCCCACGGGCUACUGGACAUAGAAAGACUCCCAGACUGGCCCGAGUAUAAGAGCUGUCGAUACCGAACUCACAAAUACUUCUUUAUUGAUUUUGCCGAAGCUCAACAUACUUUGGUAUAUUUCAAAUUUGGACAUGCACGGAUGAGACUGGCUCCCUCGUGGUCCGGGCCUUUACAAUUAUGGGACAUACCAAGUCCACCUACGGAAGGGCUUGAGGUUCUUUUGAAGCCACGUUUUACAGAUGUUACUUGCAAUCGCACCAUCGAUCUACGCAACAUCAUGGGCAUUACGUUCUUUUACUACCAGGGCACUUUGAUGGGACUUCAUGCUCACACCCUCGGAGCCCCGACGGCGGUGUCUACCGUUGAGGACAUCCUUUCAGAUUAUAAACCCCAUUUAGUAUGGAUAUACAUUCCCAUACCACAUGGCGAUCGCAUUCUGAGAUUUGGCCUGCGGACUUGGAAAAAUGAACAUGAGGAACCAGCGAACCAUCACACAGCUUUACUUGUGACCACAAAGCUUGCUGGCGACUUCUCUCUCGGUCCAAACUUCGAUGUGGAAGAUCAAAAUUUCUUAUUUCAAGGAACGCCCACUGUUCUUGUUCACAACACACCAGCACAGGGUGGAAUUACAUUAUUAGGUCUAGCAGGUGAUAGACCCCAGGAGACGCUACCCGCCCCUAGAUUUCCUAUUAUCUCCCUCUCGCCUGACCAGUUAGCGUAUGGUGGUAAUGCUAUUACAGUGGACAUUUCACUGAAAGGUGCUGUCCGAAUUGACAUCUUCAAAGAUACUCUCACAGGAUGCUUAAGAGGCUUCCUUCUUGAGUAUGAGAAUGGCUCACAGAAGACUGCAGGGCAAUGCCGCGUGGGGGUUGACCCGGUCACGGUUUGUCACAAACCCGUGUCGUUCUGCUACCGCAAGGUUCUUGGGGGGGGACUUGAUGAGCACAGAAAUUAUGAACUUGAAUGUUUUUCGGAGACGGGUGAUCAUCAUUAUGAUCAUAAAUCUCCUUAUGGGGCUUGGACUUGUUCAGAUUUCGGAGUGUACGCCAAGGUUUGGUGUAACGAUGUAACAACCGAACUGUAUACAUACACUCCCAGGUCUCAUCGGUUUAUAAGGAUAGAGGAUUGA